AUGGCGGGCAACGGAUCUACUGCCGCAGCCGCUGCCGCUCCUACGGCCACUACCGCAACACCGGCCGCACGCAAAUCCACUUCACCGCCAGCUGCUGCCCCGCACGCUGCUCGUAGGGCGACACCUCCAGAGUCCUCGUAUCAAGCAGCAGCUCUGGAGUCCCAGUCCCAGUCCCAGUCCCAGAGCAUUUCACCAACAACAUCGAUACAGGAACAACAGAUGUCAGGCCCUGAAGAGGAUAUCCCCGUAGACUCCGCGUAUGAACAGGACGAGGGCGAUGGCGACUCCGCGUAUGACGCCGGCUCGACCCAGACGGACACCACGUCCCUCCUCUCCGACAUCACCAAGUAUCGCUACGAGAACAAUCGCCGCUAUCAUGCCUACAAGGACGGCGAAUACUGGGGCCCCAACGACGAGAAGCAGAACAACCAGCUCGACAUCGCGCAUCACAUGUAUCUCUUGAUGCUGGGCGGCAAGUUGCAUCUCGCGCCAAUUCGAGAAGAUCCCCACAACGUGCUGGAUGUUGGCACCGGCACCGGCAUCUGGGCCAUCGACUUCGCGGAUCAAUACCCGUCGUCGCAGGUCAUCGGCUUCGACCUGUCGCCCAUACAACCGUCGUGGUUGCCGCCAAACGUGCGGUUCGAGAUCAACGAUGCCUGCGCGGAUUGGGAUUACAAAAAGAACAGCUUCGACUUCAUCCACGUCCGCACCAUGUAUGGUAGUGUCGCGGACUGGCCCGCAUUCUACCAACAAGCCCUCGCUCAUCUUGCCCCUGGCCAGUGGUACCAGCAAAUUGAGAUGUCCGUGGUUCCCGUUUCUGACGAUGGCACUAUCUAUGAAGGCCAUAUAUUUGACCAAUGGGGUAAGAUUUCCCUCGAGGCGGGCGACAAGUUUGGAAAGGAUUUGCGAAUUCACGAGCAGGUCAAAGGCUACCUCGAGGAGGCCGGCUUCGAGGAUGUAGUCGACAGGGCUUUUAAGAUGCCAAUUGGACCCUGGAGCAAGGAUCCGCAUUUGAAGCAGAUUGGAUUGUGGAAUCAGUUGCAUUGGCAGGAGGGGAUUGAGGGCUGGUCAAUGGCUUUGCUGACGAGAGUGCUUGGAUGGUCCUAUACUGAGGUACAAGCAUAUCUCGGGAAGAUGCGAGAGGCUUUGGUUGACCGGAGAAUACAUGCGUAUCAUGUCAUAAAUGUCGUCUACGGACGCAAACCUAUGACGCAGGAUGGUUGA